UAUUGGUGAAAAAAAAAAUAAUGGCCCAAGGUCUAUUUAUAAAAGCAUACACAAGACUAUAGAAUUGGGUUCUAAACGAAGGUUGGAACUUGGAAGUGAAGAAGUUGAAAAACAAUGGUUCUGCUUGAGAAACUUUGGGAUGAUGUUGUGGCUGGACCUCAGCCUGUCCGUGGCCUCGGCAAGCUCAGAAAAGUCAGUACUAAGCCCUUGAUCGUUAAAGAUUUGGAAGGAGAUGGAAGCAAAUACCAAAGAUCCAUGUCUAUGCCAGCUAGUCCGGGGACACCCACCACUCCGGUCACACCUACCACGCCGUUAACGGCGGCGCGUAAGGAUAAUGUUUGGAGAAGCGUCUUCAACCCUGGUAGAAACUUUGCUACCAAGACUAUUGGUGCUGAAGUCUUCGACAAGCCUCAACCCAAUUCUCCAACUGUUUACGACUGGUACGUACAUCCACUUUUCACUGCAGCGACUGAAAUUCACGCGCCGCCGUGUAGAAUAAAAUUGUGGUGAUGGUGAAGUGAAAUUAGAUUGUGGGGUAUCUUGCUUGUCCUUAAUAUUCCCAACAGUUGGUGGAUGAUAAGAAAAGAUUCGAAGUUUUGAUUCUUCCAAGUGAGAUCCAAGCCCGUCAGAUCUGUUGACUUUGUCAUAGUCCUGACAUCUGAGGGCUUGGAUGAGUCCUCUAUUUUGUCUUUAGAUUAGUCUGACAUGAAAAACUCUUUGUUUUGCGGUUUCAGGCUCUACAGCGGUGACACCAAGAGCGAGCACCGUUAAGUGGCGGCUACGACGGCGGUUGAAUGUAAAUAGUGUCGUAAAAGGGUCGUGUUUGGUGACGUUGACCGGUGGGUUUUGGAUGUUUAUGUGAUAUUACAUGUUCUAACUAGGUUUUUUAGCAUCCGAGUUGUCCAAGCAAGUUUUUAUAUUGUAGUGUUGAAUUUGUGUGAGUCUGUAAUUAAUUAGGGUUUAAGUCUGCUGACACAGCCAAUGAUCGGAUGACUACUUCAUAUGGUUCGCCGUGCACGGCGGUGAUAAGUGGCUCAUGAUUGUCGUUUAAAUAAAUAUGGUUUCUCUUC